AGUUAAGAUUCUGCAAACAAUAUCUUUAAAAGCUUCCGAGCUUUUUAUAACCAAUCUCCACGCAUGAUUAACAAAUAUGGGUAGAACAAUAACGAGGCAACAGAAAAAGAGAAAAAAAGAACUAGUUCCAUUUUAUUUUGUGUUUUCGUAAAAAAUACUUUUUUCAACUUCUCUUUCUUUCCUCUACACAUUUAAAUCUGUCCCUCCAUCUAAACCCUGCAUUCGCAUUACUAUGUUGCCUUCAGGCCAACCACACAUUUCAACCUCUGACGGCAAUCAGCAAGACAAUCAAAAUUUCUAUAGGUAACCAUGGCCGCGCCUUCUAUUUUAAAUGCUGCUUUCACAAGUUAGGUGAUAUAUCAAUUCUUUUGACGGUAUUCCUUUCCAAAAUAGUCAUGAGAGCCAAAAUAUGAUGAACCACCAAACAGGCUACAACCAACAGCCGCCUUGCUACUAUCAUAAACAGGAGCCAUUAUUACUAGAUCCAUCUUUACGAACAGUCUAUUUAGGAAAUAUACCAAAUGAUAUAUCUGUAUCGACUAUAUUAGAUUCCGUUAAAGCAGGGCCUAUUCAGUCGAUUCGUCCAUUGCCAGAAAGGAACGGAUUGUUCAUCACCUUUCUAGAUGCAAUAACAGCCCAUUACUUUUUUCAGAGAGCGAGUGAUCCCAAAAGUCGACUGACCGUAGAGGGUAAUGAAUUGAAAAUAGGAUGGGGUAAACCUAGUUUACUACCAACAGCAUUGCAUGCAGCUAUUCAAAAUGGAGCAACCCGCAAUGUCUAUCUUGGUCUUUUGGACGAUAUAACUGAGGAAGAACUUAGAGAGGAUUUAUCACGAUUUGGACACAUAGAGCAUGUUAAAAUUAUUCCCGAGAAGCAUAUUGCCUUUGUUCAUUUUUUAUGCGUCUCUAAUGCAGUAAAAUGUGUAAAUACACUUCAACUAGAAAGUAAAUGGAAGGCCAAACGUAUCAACUAUGGCAGAGACAGAUGUGCUCCUGCACGUAGUAUACGAUACCCUCAUUAUCAGCCUCAACAUUCACAGCAACAGCAUUUGUACAUGCUUCCGAAUACAGCAAUCUAUCAGCCAGCACCUUCCUCGACAAACUUUUCCUCACAUCAUCAUUAUAAUAAUGUACAAUACGCUCCAUUUGAUACAACAACAGCAGCAGCCAUGAUGUCACCUUCAUCAAGACUACCUCCAUAUUUAUAUCAUCAACAACCACAGCAUUUUGUCACAGAAGAAGUGGCAAACCGAACUAUUUAUUUGGGUAACCUUCAUCCAGAUACAACUGCCGAGGACAUAUGCAAUUCUGUACGUGGGGGCAUUUUAUCACAAUUGAGAUUCAUGCCAGAGAAACAUAUUGCCUUUGUUACAUUUCUGGAUUCGAAUGCAGCGCUUUCCUUCAUGCACCAAGUGAAUCAGCAUGCUAUCAUCAUUAAGAAUCGUCGUUUGAAAGUAGGUUGGGGAAAACCCUCCGCUUUACCGUCAGAUGUGUUUCGAGCUGUUCAACAAGGAGCGACACGCAAUGUCUAUAUUGGGAAUAUCGAUUUUGCCAAUAUUCUCGAUGAAAAUUCAUUCGAAGAAAGAUUGAGGGAUGACUUUAGUCAAUUUGGGGACAUCGAACUAAUUAACACCUUGAAAGAAAAGAAUUGCGCUUUUGUCAAUUUCAUGAGCAUCAGUAGUGCCAUGAAUGCCAUCGAAGGAAUUAGGAAUAAAGAGGAAUAUGAGAAAUUUAGGAUAAGUUAUGGAAAAGAUCGAUGUGGGAACCCGCCAAAAAUAUACAAAGCACGUGCCAGACUCGCUGACGAUUUGGUAGAUAAUACGCUAUCGAGUAAUAGAUCGAAUAUCACAACAGCAGCAGCAGACGAUCAGCAACAGCAGCAGCCAUUCACAACGAGUACUACUAUUAACGAUACUAUACACACCACUUCUAAUAUGAUUACAUCCAACAAGGAUACGGAUACCACAAAUAAUGUAUAGAAGGCUACUUUAUCUGUUCAGCAGUGAUAUUAUACGUAUCAUAUACACAAUUCUAUUUAUAUAGUAUGGCAUUCACAAUAGUUCC